AUGGUUGUUUCUGCUCGUGAUGCUCCUCCUCCUCCUCCUCCGUCUCCGGCGGCAGUGGUUGUACGUGAAGUAUGGCAACACAACCUGGAGGAUGAGUUCGACCUCAUCAAGAUUGCUCUAAUGACUCACACAAUCGUAUCCAUGGACACUGAAUUCCCUGGAGUUAUCUUCAAACCUGUUAACGUGGAAAAGCGCGACCUCGGAAGACUGCCACCCUUUUGGAACUAUCAACUCAUGCGACGCAACGUUAACGCCACCAAUAUUAUCCAACUGGGUCUCGGUCUUUGCGACCACAGAGGUUGUUUGCCGAAUCUCGGUACGGAUUCUCAGUACGUGUGGCAGUUUAACUUCAAGGAUUUUGACGUCCACAAUGAUCUCCAAAACCCUGAAUCCAUUGAGUUACUUGAGCGACAAGGAAUUGAUUUUGAGAAGAAUUUGGAAGAGGGUAUUGACUCUGCUGACUUUGCUGCACUGAUGGUUGAGUCUGGGUUGGUUAUGAAUGGCUCUGAUUUCACUUGGGUUACUUUCCAUGGUGGCUAUGAUUUUGCCCAUCUGAUCAAGAUCGUGACUGGCCAAGAACUCCCUUGCAAUCUCGUGGAGUUUAUGGAUUUGGUGCAACUCAACUUUGGGCGCAGAGUUUUUGAUGUGAAGCAUAUGAUUAGGUUUUGUGAUGGGCUUUAUGGAGGUUUAGAGAGAGUGGCUAACACACUUGGGGUGCAACGUGUGGCUGGGAGGAGUCACCAAGCUGGGUCUGAUACCUUGUUGACUCUGCAAACUUUCAUGAAGUUCAUGGAGGUGUAUUUCAAAGAGAAGAAGGAUAGUGCAAUUAGACAUAAUGGGCAUUUGUUGAGAAAGGUUUCGUUUGUUCUUCAUGGCUUGGAGUUGAUUGAGUUUGAUCCAUCCAAUGAAGGAUUGAAGCUAAAUCCGCUUGGUGAUGAGUAG